AGAGCUGCUCUUAAAAGAAGUUGCCCUUGCUGGUGCUCAGGGUAAAAAUAGAGGCGACCGCUUGGAACGGCUUGGCCCUGACUCCAGGCAUCCCGCGAGCUGGGCUCGAGCCGCGGCCGCGUUCCGGCGUGAUCUCUGGGAGCUGCCAGCAGGUGUUGCUCAAGAAAAUUUGCUGAAGAGGAGAAAGAGAAAAAAAAAAAAAGGAAAAAAAAAAAAAGCACACCACCACCACUACCAAAAAAAAAAAAAAAAAAAAAAAAAAAAAAACCUGUGCGAGAGGGGGGAGGAAACGCAGGGCCUUUAAAAAAGGCAAUCACAACAACUUUGGCUGCCAGGAUGCCCUUGCUCUGGCUCCGAGGAUUCCUGUUGGCAAGUUGCUGGAUUAUAGGGAGGAGUUCCCCCACGCCAGGAGCCGAGGGGCACAGCGCGGCCCCCGACUGCCCGUCCUGCGCGCUGGCCGCCCUGCCCAAGGAUGGACCCAACUCGCAGCCAGAGAUGGUGGAGGCGGUCAAGAAGCACAUCCUAAACAUGCUGCACUUGAAGAAGAGGCCCGAGGUCACGCAGCCAGUGCCCAAGGCGGCGCUUCUGAACGCCAUCCGAAAGCUUCACGUCGGCAAGGUGGGGGAGAACGGCUUCGUGGAGAUCGAAGACGACAUCGGGAGGAGGGCAGAACUGAAUGAGCUGAUGGAGCAGACCUCGGAGAUCAUCACGUUCGCCGAGUCAGGCACAGCCAGGAAGACGCUGCACUUUGAAAUUUCCAAGGAGGGCAGUGACCUGUCUGUGGUGGAGCGGGCGGAGGUCUGGCUUUUCCUAAAGGUCCCCAAGGCCAACAGGACCAGGACCAAAGUCACCAUCCGCCUCUUCCAACAGCAGAAGCACCCGCAGGGCCUCCUGGACACAGGAGAUGAGGCCGAGGAGGUGGGCUUGAAGGGGGAGAGAAGCGAACUCUUGCUGUCGGAAAAGGUGGUGGAUGCUCGCAAGAGCACCUGGCACAUCUUCCCCGUCUCCAGCAGCAUCCAGCGGCUGCUGGACCAGGGCAAGAGCUCCCUGGACGUGCGGAUUGCCUGCGAGCAGUGCCAGGAGAGUGGUGCCAGCCUGGUGCUCCUGGGCAAGAGGAAGAAGAAGGAAGAGGAGGGGGAAGGGAAGAAGAAGGACGGAGGCGAAGGCGGGGCGGAGGAGGAGAAGGAGCAGUCGCACAGACCUUUCCUCAUGCUGCAGGCCCGGCAGUCGGAAGACCACCCUCAUCGCCGCCGCCGGCGAGGCUUGGAGUGUGACGGCAAGGUCAACAUCUGCUGUAAGAAACAGUUCUUUGUCAGCUUCAAGGACAUUGGCUGGAAUGACUGGAUCAUCGCUCCCUCUGGCUAUCACGCCAACUACUGCGAGGGCGAGUGCCCGAGCCACAUAGCAGGCACGUCGGGCUCCUCGCUCUCCUUCCACUCGACAGUCAUCAACCACUACCGCAUGCGGGGUCACAGCCCCUUUGCCAACCUCAAAUCGUGCUGUGUGCCCACCAAGCUGAGACCCAUGUCCAUGCUAUACUACGACGAUGGCCAGAACAUCAUCAAAAAAGACAUUCAGAACAUGAUCGUGGAGGAGUGUGGCUGCUCAUAGAGCUGCCCACCCUGGGGGAGGGGGAAGGGAGUGAGAGGUGUCCAGAAAAGACAGUGGCAAAAUGAAGACAUUUUUUUAAAGGUUUCUGAGUUAAACAACCAGAAAAAAAAUAGAAAUUAAAAAAAAAAAAAAAACUAACCUAAAAGCAAAACCUGAUCUGAUGAAACAGAUGAAGGAAGAUGUGGAAAAAAAAAUCCUUAGCCAGGGCUCAGAGAUGAAGCAGUGAAGGAGACAGGAAUUGAGAGGGAAAGGGAGAAUGGUGUACCCUUCAUUUGUUCUGAAAUGAAACUGAUGAUGCCAGUUGUAAAUGGGGUAUUGUCCUCUCCCCCCUUGCAGUUCUCUUGCGAGCCCCGAAGUCGACUUGUCUAGUCUGCAGUAAUGGGGACUAACAUGACCCAAAUAGCAUCUAGAAAGCCAUGAGUUUGAAAGAGCCAGUCAUAGGCACUUUCCCACCCAAUUACCCAGGUCAUAAGGUAUGUCUGUGUGACCCGAUCUCUGUGUCUAUCAGCACGCACACACACACACACACACACACACUACAUACUGGUAAAAGGACAAUAGUGUGCAGGUGGUCACACUUUCUUUUUCUGCACCACUUUUACAACAAGACAAAACAAAACCAAUAUUAAAAAAAUUGAGAACAGGAAUGGGAAGAGUGAAAGAUCAAGGGAAAAAGAAUACCAAGUUACAUUUCGUUAAGGUGCUUAUGAUCUUAGAACUAUGCAACCUAAUAGGUUUGAAACUGUUUACCUGAGAGAGAACAAAAAGAGAGACUUUUUUGUAUUGGAAGUAACCUGAUUAAUUUUUAUUUUCUUCAAGGAGAGAUACUUGAAAGGAAUAUGUUUGUCCAUCUGUUGGAUCCAAACAUUUCUAUAUUUUGUAAAUGUUGUUUUUUUUUUAUCGUUUACUAUUUGCACUACAAUGGUGUUUGACCUGUCUAAUCCUUAUUUAACAAGUAUUUUCUUUGGGUGGGGGUGGGGGUGGGGUUUAAGAGCUGCACUUAAUGUGAGCUAUAAAAGAACUGCUACAGCACACAAAAUAGCUAUUUUUAUUAUUAUAAUUAUAAUUAUUAUUAUUAUUUUGUACCUUAAAAAAUAGACACAUACACCAAAGACAUUUGUGUGAGCCUUUAAACAGUCUGUCUGUGGUUGGUACCAUUCACCAUUAACGAGUCAGGGGUUGAGGUUCAAGGUUGAGUAAGGUGGAUUGUGUUUGGGCUUCAACGACCUGACAGGUUUGGUUUUUGACUCCUUUUGCAUCCAUGAAACAGGACAUUUCAUACUGGAUGUACAGUAGUUGUACACUGUUGGAUAUCAAGUUCAAAUUCAUGAGACUACAUGCUUGUAUGUGUAUAUAUACAUUGCUUGUGCAUAUGCAUAUCUGUGUGUAUAUAUACAUGUCUUGUACCAUGUCCUUACACAUUUUAAGCACUUCAGGCUGUCAUUUUUUAAUGUUCUUAAAGCAAUGAAUGUUUGUGUGCAAAACACAGUAUUUUUAAGAAGGAUAGGCUAUAGUUUUUGCUUUUACUCUGAACUCGGUGGGCACAUUUCAAAAAUUUGGAUGGGAAAAAGGCUGGAACUUCCAGUGAAUAUUUAGUAAGGCCCUCUUUCAAUGUACAGGGAUCAAAUUCCCUCCUCUUUCUUCUCCCCAACCCCUCUCCUCCCUACAAGUUAUCCCCUGUGGGGAAGACAGAAUGUUAAUCAAAACUCUGGGCUGUUUUUUUUUUUUUUUUCCAACUUAUAUUUGUUGUCUAUUGGAAUCAAUCUUAAAUCAGAAGCAUUUUGUUGUUGUUGUUUUGGGGGAAAAAAAAAAAAUCUCAUCCUUAGGCCAGAAUAAGAGAGUUUAUGAUUCAGGCCUGGUUCUGAGAAAUAUUACCUGCACCAGCUGGGUUAAAUGAUACUGUUGUCACUAUUUGAAAGAUUGAUAAUUUGGGGGACGGUGUUAAGAGAAUGGGAGUAAGGAAGAGAAAAGCUAGGAGUUAGGAAGAGGUGGGGAUGAGGAGAGUAUAAAAGCCUAAUAUUUAAUUUACAGCCAAAACUCUUGAUAUGUAAGUUUGUAUGUAUUGAUUCAGAUGUAAAAAGGAAAAAAUUUUUUAUAAAUAUCAAAGUAUAUGCUUAAAGCUGAGUUUCUAUCUAAUUUAUUCCAGUAUUCCGCUUGCCUAGAACAGCUGAUAAGUUAUUCAUUUAUGUGCUUUUUAAAAUAUAGAGCCCUGUUUACUGACUUGUUUGAAGUUUGCCAACAUUUUUAAAUGUUGAACAAAUAUCUAAUAAUUGGGAAAAAACAUUCAUCAGUAUUUUGUGAAAUAUUUAUUGAAGCUUUAACUCUGUCAAUUUGUAAGUUUAAAAAAUAAUCAUAAAGAAAUGAAAAAUUAGUGAGAAACCAAAUAUUACAAAAGGCGGUUUAACUCUUCUUGAUAAAUACACUAAGUCAGUAUAGCGUAACACUAGGCUGUAUAUAGGCAAAUUACUUAUCUCCAUGCCAGGCAAAAAGACCAUGUUCUAGAGGCCCACCCUUUCUUGUGCAGGAAAUAGAACAGGAAUUUCAUGAGAAACUCAAGAAUGGAUUCUAAUUGGGGUCCAUCAAGUUUAGACACUCUGCAUGUGGGAGAGUGGGUGUGGUGAGGAAAGGUUCAAGGACAGGAGUAGAGGGCCAUGUUCAACUCCACAAAUUUUCAGAAAGAUGCUGAGGGCCUUUAGAGCGGCUUCUUCUUUGGUACUGGAAUUGAUACUGGAAUCUGUGCAGAUGGUGGGAGGAAUACGUCCCAAUUCACUGUGCAAUCACACAGAUGAUCAAGGCCAUGGUAAAAGCAGAAACUUACAAAGACAGUGAUAGCUGUGUGGAAUGCCCAUUCAUCUCAAGUACAUCUGAUAUCUUUUUAAGCCCUUUAAGUUUGACACAAAUCAGGGGUAAGGUGAGGGUUGAUCAAAGACUAUGGUAGUUAGAAGAAUGAAAUUUUGUACGACAGCAUUUUAACUGGAUAUUAAGUAAUCGAGUUAUCACACACCAAGAAACCCUCACCUUGUUUCAUUAAAUCUACAUGGCCUUGGAAUAGAAUUGUAAACUGCUACCAUCUCUAAUAAUGUUGACAGAGACUGUCAUCUUUAAUAAUCUCAGAAUUUGAAAAGUCUAGUGAACAUCCUGUCUUUUCAUGUAACAACAGAAAGGUAAAAGGAAAAGCUUUUGGAUUCUACCAUGUUGGGUUCCUCAUAGUACAUUUUCCUGAGAUGAGGAUGGCUCCAUCAGAUCUUAAUAUUUCUCCACUCUUUGUCUAGGACUAAUACCUACGCUCCUAAAUAUCUGCCCACACCAGUCUGAGAAGUUUUGAAAAGUAUUUGUCCCAAAUAUCUUUUUUUGAAUAAGUACUUUAUAGAUUGAUUUAAAAUUUUCAGCCCCCUACCCCCCAAGUAAGGUGAAUUCUAGCACAUUGACUCAAGAUUUUCUUGUCCAGGAACAUCAGCCAACUUCAUAUUUGUUUAAGAUUGAUUCCACACUCCAUUUUUCAAGGAGAGUCCCUGCAUUCUCCUCAAAGUAGAACAAGUACAUUUUUUUUUAACCCUGGGGAUUGAAUUUCAAGAGGUGACUCUCAAAAAUGCAGAGAACAAAUAUUUUUCAGUUGUGUGAAGCAUAGAUUCAAAUGAUCAUGUUCACUUGAAAAAAUGAUUUCCUGUGGGGCCUCUUGACAAGUUCCCUUUUCAAUGUAGAGAAAAACUUAGUCACCCUGAAAACCUACAUAAUAAAUGAAACUUGUAGAUGUGGGCAGAAGGUUUGGGGGUGGACGUUGUAUGUGUUUAAAUUAAAUCCUGUAUCAAUGAGAAGCUAUUGUAUGGGUUAGAGAAAAUGAAUGCUUAGAAGCUGUUCACGUCUUGAAGAGCAGAAGCAAACCACAUGUCUCAGCUAUAUUAUUUAUUUUUUAUGCAUAAAGUGAAUCAUUUCUUUUGUAUUAAUUUUCAGUGGGUUUUACCCUCUAUUUAAAUGCUUUGAAAAACAGUGCAUUGACAAUGGGUUGAUAUUUUUCUUUAAAAGAAAAAUAUAAUUAUGAAAGCCAAGAUAAUCUGAAGCCUGUUUUGUUUUAAAACUUUUUAUGUUCUGUGGUUGAUGUUGUUUGUUUGUUUUUAUUUUUAUUUUGUGGGUUUUUUUUUUUUUUGCAUACUACAUGCAGUUCUUUAACCAAUGUCUGUUUGGCUAAUGUAAUUAAAGUUGUUAAUUUAUAUGAGUGCAUUUCAACUAUGUCAAUGGUUUCUUAAUAUUUAUUGUGUAGAAGUACUGGUAAUUUUUUAUUUACAAUAUGUUUAAAGAGAUAACAGUUUGAUAUGUUUUCAUGUGUUUAUAGCAGAAGUUAUUUAUUUCUAUGGCAUUCCAGCGGAUAUUUUGGUGUUUGCGAGGCAUGCAGUCAAUAUUUUGUACAGUUAGUGGACAGUAUUCAGCAACGCCUGAUAGCUUCUUUGGCCUUAUGUUAAAUAAAAAGACCUGUUUGGGAUGUA